CGUAGUAGCGCGCGCAUGCGCAGAGCGUAGUUUUGAAAUCAGUCGCAUGAGGUAGCGGGUGUUUUUAGCUGAGCACACGUGUACUCCCCGGCGACGACUCCCAGCCUGAACGUGUGUGAUAUUGUAGCGCACAAAAUGGCAAAGACAGACACGCCGAGACGUAAAAAAAGACAAAGCAAAGUUGUCAACAAUGAAGUUGGAGAAGAAGCGUGCAACACUGAAGGACAGACUGAGGCUGUCUGCUCAAGUGGACAAAUAGCUGGGACAGAGGAGGAUGCUCCCACCGAGAGCACGGCGACGAUACAGGAGGAGAUGAUCCAAGACGAACAAGAUUCUCCGAUAGACUGUGUCAUUGAAGUCAAAGGAAGCACGCCCACUGUAUCUGUGUCGUGGGAGAAGGAGAAUGAAGAAGUGGAGGGUGAUGAUUCAGAGAGGAGAAGGAGAACCGACCUAAGUGAUCAGAUGACUGCCGAAGCGAUGAUAGAUAGUGGAGAACAGACUCAAGCAGUCUCUUCGGCUGAGGUAAUAGAGACAAAGAUGGAGCAAGAGACGGAGAACGUCAUAGACAAACAAGAUUCUCAAAUGGACAUUGGAAAUGACAGCACAGUUACUGUAACUGGGACAAACAAGCCUGAGGAAGGACAGAGCAGUCCUGUUAAACAGGAAUCAAAUGGAGUAAGUGGGAAAAGGAAGGCACCAUCUAACACUGAGACUUCUCCUCCAAAGAAAACAAAGCUCAUCAAUGAUGGUUUCUGUCUUUAUGUCGGCAACCUGAACAGCUCCAAAACAUUUGAAGAGGUCAAAGAUUCAUUAGCAACGUACUUCAUGACACAAAGUCUUCUGUUUCACGACAUCAGAUUAGAUCGGUCAAAAAAACAUGCAUUUGUAGAUUUGGCCUCAGAGAUGGACUUGACCAAAGGCUUGACGUUAAAUGGACAGACCAUCCUUGAUAAGCCGAUGAAGAUCGCUAAAGCAAAGGUCAAAAGUGCGGACACAGUGAAAGCACCACAGGACAAAAAGGCUGUCAAAGAUGCCAGAUGUUUGUUUCUGAAGAACCUCCCCUAUGACGCAACAAAAGAAGACAUUCUGAAAAUCUUCAACAACGCCAUCGACGUCAGGUUUCCUGGUGGAACCGAAGGCCCAAGCCAAGGGAUUGCCUUUGUGGAGUUUAAAAAGGAAAGCAUUGCUAAGAAAGUGCAGCAGAAGAAACAAGGUGCCAAGAUCGAAGGCCGCGUUUUAGUCGUGGACUUUGUAGGAGAAACAAAAGAGAACAAAGUCACCAAAGCUAAUGAUGACGACGGCAAAGAAAAAGCUGCCGCUCCUCCAAACAACACCUUAUUUGUGAGCAAUUUGUCUUACAACGUGAAAGAAAAAAAACUCAACCAAGUCUUCCAGAAAGCUGUCAGCAUCAAAAUUCCUCAAAACAAAGGCAAAUCAAAAGGAUUUGCCUUUGUUGAGUUUGCAACUGUGACAGAUGCUGAAAAGGCUUUGCAAACAACCCAUAACUUAGUGAUCUGCAAAAGGGAGAUCAGAGUGCAAUUCUUUGAAAUGAGAGAAAGGCCAGAGAAAGUGAAAUCAAAAACACUGAUUGUCAGGAGCCUUUCUGAGAAGACGACUGCAGAGACGCUCAAAAGUGCCUUUGAAGGAGCCGUCGAUGCGCGAGUCGCUGUAGAUAAAGGCACGGGAGCUUCAAGGAAGUUUGGUUUUGUGGAGUUUGAGAGCGAGGAAAAUUGCAUAGUUGUGAGAGAAGCCAUGGAGGACUGUGAGAUAGAUGGCAGCAAGGUGACCGUGGGGUACGCAGUCCCUAAGGCCAAAAAGGCCAGAGGAGGCUCGGCGGGGCGAACCAGUGGUCAGCCUGCAGGUCGGGGGGCUGGCAGAGGGGGGCCCGGCAACAGAGGCAGAGGUGGAAGUGGCAGCAAAGGAGGAAGAGGACGUGGAGCCGGCACGUCCCGGGAUGCUGUAAAAAAAAGUGGAAAAUAAAGGCUAACAUGUCUUCGAAAAGUCA